AUGCCUCACAAUUUUGAGAGCAGCCGUGCCCAGGUGUGCGCUAUUCCAAUAUAUGUAGAGCUCACCUUUCACCAUAAAAAGAACAUUGCACACGGGUACCUACUUUCACGAUCUCCAACACCGAGUGCAGCUACCAACCAGAAUCCCCACCGACAAGGAUUCGUUUUCCUAUUUUGGCCACCCAGCUCCACCGUGAUUAUCCACAGAAACUCUUAUCAGGUAGGAGCAUGCGAGGUCUAUAUCUCCUUGGAAUAUCAACCGCUGACCUUUGAGACUUUAUCAUCUCCCCAGCAUCAAGUCCACAUGGCUCUACACGUGGCCGCGCUAGACGCGGAUGUCCCUUGCCCGGCCGUCUACAAAGAGCGAGGUCUAUACAGCUCGAUUUUCCGAUGUCUUCUACAAGACGCAGCACGUCGUCUGAACAAAACCCCGGAGCCUCACCAAAAUGGACUCGCCGUGCAUAUCACAGCCUUCGACGCCGUAGGCGGAUCUCUACCGCCGCUGGAAACCCUGCGUCGGUCCGAGACGGAGCCUCAUGCCGGACCACUCGGCCCCAUAGAUGCGAUCCUCAUCACAGGCUCCGGAUUCGCAGCCUACGAGAACCGUCCCUGGAUUCACCAAAUGCAAGAGUUCAUCCAAACGGUCUACAAUGACUACCCAGAUGUGAAGAUCUUCGGCUCGUGCUUCGGACAUCAGAUCGUGGCCCAUGCACUCCUUUCCCGAGGCAUCGAAGCCAACUCCACAUACCACACCGAGCAUUGGCCCGCUGGUUAUGAAAUGGGCAUCCAUCCCAUCACCCUCAAUCCAGAGUUCACUGCGCGAUUCCCGCCACUGGCGCGCGCGACCCCAUUCCGAAUCCAACUGAUCCACGGUGAUCAGGUCGUACCCACACCUGCAGCGCUGGCCGCGGGACCAGUAUCGCUACCUGCGCCAUGGUUGAAUAUCGGUCGUAGCGCCCAGUGCGCCGUUCAAGGCUUGUACAAUCCCGGCCGGGUCUUGACGUUCCAGGGCCACUUCGAGUUCGACACCUGGACCAAUACCGAGACGAUGCAGGAGUUUGCCCGGCGUGGAAGCUGGCCUGCCGAGGACGUUAUCUCGUACCUGGAACAGAUCCAUCGAUCCGCUGUCCCAGGGGAGGAGGAUGACGAUGACGCCAAAGCCGCAGCUGAGGCGGUUUUGCUUUUCCUGGCCGGAGACCGGGUGGUUAGCAAUGGGCUGAUGACCCCUCCGUUGGGGUGA